GUAAAAGGUGUUACCGAGGUAUAUAAAGAAACGUGUUCCUCUGCAUGGCCAGACCAGCUUCCAUCAUGAAGACGCUAGUGUGUGCUCUUAUUGUGGUGCUUCUCUGCAGUGCCUCAGUGCACUCGCUGACCUGCUACACCUGUGUGGACGGGGACUGCAAGACCCCAACCGAAUGUCCAGCCUCAAGCAAUUUCUGCAAAACUGUUUCAACAGCCACUGUGUUCAGCCGGACAUGUGAGGAGUUCUGUGUUCCAGGAGUGAACAUCUACUGCUGCACUUCUGAUCUGUGUGACUGAUCUCUCGACGUCACCAGUCCUGCUGAUCGACUGUCCUUGAGUCAGUCACUCAUGUUCAUUGUAAUAGUGUAAUAGGAGAAAUAUCACUCGGUUACUCUAGGUAUAUAAUUUUUCUAAUGCCUUUUUUCGAUCUGAUUCAACAUGGUUUGCUUUGCAUAGCACUACUUAAAGGAAUGUCUAAUAAUCGUGGUUUCUGUCUCAGCUCUGCAUGAUUUAUGAACUGAAUAAAAUCUGCUCUGU